AUGGCACAAUUAGAAUUAUCUAUGUACAAGGAGAACCUAUUUGAAUAUUUUCGAUUUAUACGAAAUAAGAAAGAUGUUUUAAAUGAACUAUUAACAAUGGCAAGUAAUUUAGCAAGAGCAGAUUCAUCAGAAAAGCACAAACAAUUAGUGAAACAUUUAAUUGAAAUUAAGAAUAAAACUGGUUUCGUUAGUGUCGGUUAUUUACCAAAAUAA